UAUUUGUUGCAGUUGGCUACGCCCUCCAGCUCACCAAAAACAGCCUCAAAAACAACCAUUUCCUCUCUGCUGAGACACAGGGGGAGAAUGCACGCGUGCGCGGGCGCGCACACACACACCGACACACUCACAUACUUCCCCACAGCAGGCUCUCUGCUUUCCAGGACCAGCCGUUUCGUGUUGGAGGCACCAGGCAGGGGCUCAGACAGCACAGAGGCUGCUCAACCCGCACUGCUCCCCGCGGCCCUGCUCAGUGCCUGCCUACCGCACGGGCUGUGCUCGGAGCGCAGCUGGUUGUAAGGAGUGAGGCCGCUGACACCACGCUGCUGCCUGUCUCUCCUCUCCCGUCACUCUGUGUUCUCCCGCGUGGGGGACAAGAGGCUGCCCGUCUCCCUGGGCCUCUGCUCCCCAGGACGACGGCGCAUUCAGGACUCUGGGCUCUCGCUGGUGCCCUGUUUCCUUCUCGGGAUGGGCCACGCAGUCGCCUGCAGAGCAGGUCUGUCCCUGCUCCAGGUGCAGGAAGGCGGGUAAGGAGGACCGUGAGGUGGGCUCACCGGCACCUGUUGCACGGGCCUUCCCAACCCUCCAAGAAUGAACGGUGAUGUCCUCUAGCCGCCCCUAGCGCGUCUUGGUUCUCCCAGGCCACAGCAACUGACCAGGACCGGGACUUUCUCCACAAGCGGUUGGCACCAGCCGUCAGUGAUGACUGUCCAGAAACUGGUGGCCACCGCCGUGCUGGUGGCCCUGGUCUCUCUCAUCCUCAACAAUGCGGCAGCCUUCACCCCCAACUGGGUGUACCAGACGCUGGAGGACGGGCGCAAGCGAAGCGUGGGGCUCUGGAGGUCCUGCUGGCUGGUGGACAGGGCCCGGGGCGGGCCGAACCCCGGGGCCAGGCCCGGACAGGCGGACACAAGGGAGUGCGAGGCCCUGGGCUGGGGCUCUGAGGCCGCAGGCUUCCAGGAGUCCAGAGGCACCGUCAAACUGCAGUUCGACAUGAUGCGAGCCUGCAACCUGGUUGCCACGGUGGCCCUUGCUGCGGGCCAGCUCACUUUCAUCCUGGGGCUGACGGGCCUGCCCCUCAUGUCGCCGGAUUCCCAGUGCUGGGAGGAGGCCAUGGCUGCUGCGUUCCAGCUGGCGAGUUUUAUCCUGGUCAUUGGGCUGGUGACGUUCUACAGAAUCGGCCCGUACACCAGCCUGUCCUGGUCUUGCUACCUGAACAUUGGCGCCUGCCUCCUGGCCACCCUGGCAGCCGCCAUGCUCAUCUGGAACAUUCUUCACAGGAGAGAGGACUGCAUGGCGCCCCGAGUAAUUGUCAUCAGCCGCUCCUUGACGGCUCGGUUUCGCCGGGGGCUAGACAAUGACUAUGUGGAGUCACCGUGCUGACGGGUGCCAGGGAGGGGCCCUGCCUGGGACUUUAUCCACUGUAAUGGAACAGUCUAGAAACCGAGGGACUGCCUGCUGGAGGCGGCGAUUCCCAGGGUUUCUCCUAUAUGCAUAUGUACGAUACACAGGUAUGUUUACUAUGUUUAUAUAAAUAUAUGAUCAUAUAUCGUCCGUGCCAGCCUCCCCGACCCACUCACAACCUGGCUUCACGCUCACGCACGUCGCAAGGCGGCCAGCCCGAGAUGCACGUGAGGGCGCAGCUGCCCUGCUCAGCGCCCAGGUCUGGGGUUAAUUUAUUCUGUGCCUGCUGAGACGGGCACCACGGCCACCCUUUCUUUGGUGAAGUAGAACAUCCCGGGAAAUUUUCUGGAAAUGGCUGUAUUUUCCUCGAGGGGCUCAGAAUUUAUAAUCAGAUGGUUAUGGCUUUAGGACAGGAAGGAGUUAGUAAUGUCCGUUUGUGCCUGAUUAUUUUUCUAAGUUAAAAUAAAAUGGAAACCUCUUACCACUGUC